AUGUCAUUGAUAUUUGUAUGGUUAGAUAAGCGUAUUGGAUCAAUACCAGGUGGAAAUGAAAAAUUAAAAGAAAAAUUUCGAAAAAUUCUUUCACCAAUUCGACAAUUUGAUAAACCAACAUUAUGUUAUGAUUUUAUUCAUGAUUCAAUUAAGGAUAAAAAUGUUAUUUUCUUAACAACAUCAGUUUUUGCUGAAGAAGAUUUUCUUCGUAAAAUAGCAUCAUUAACAAAUGUUUUUUUUAUUUAUGUUUAUGAUCAAGAUAAUAAACAAUUUACAACAAAUGAUAAAGAUUUAUUAGAAAAAAUGGGUUCAAAACGUCUUAUUCAUUUUGAUGAAAUUCUUUAUGAACAAUUAAUUUAUGAUUUAGUUCAAUUAAAUAUAAAUAAUGCUGAUCAACUUAUUAUUAAUGAAGAAUAUAAAAAAGCAAAACAAUUAUUUGAAGAUGCCAUCCAAUUAAUUGAUACUUGUCAAGAUGAUAUUAAUCAAGAUUUACAAUCAAUUAAAUUUAAUUUAACUCAAAGAAUUCAAAGAAUAAAAUAA